AUGUCUUCACGAUCCAAUCGCUCCGGCUUCUCGACCGGAGGCAAGCAAUCCAGCUCGAGCAACGCAGGUCUGCCUUCUUACUACUCGCAGUCACAGCAGGCUAGCCAGGCGCAGAGCAAACCUCGUCUCGGGCCCAAUCGGUGAGUGACGGCAACCUCUAGCUCCGACUGGCCGCACAGCUGACGCGCGAGCACAUCAUCCGUACUGCCCGCAGUUCGACCAAAGCGACGGGCAAGCUGAAGAUUCUGCCGAGUGAACCAGCAGCUCAAGAGACCGCUCGACCUCGUUCCCGGCAAAGCAAUGGAACAGCAGGUGGACAGAAUGGAGAUUCUUCAUCUGAAGAGGAGGGCGAGGAGGAUGAGGACGAGGCGGAUGAGAGGGUGCACAAAUCCCUAGCGCAGAUCCCAGAGGGCAGCAUGAGGCGAGAUGCUAGAAGGUUGACGAGGAGAGCCCGCGCUAGCUUGCCGCGCGUCACCGCUUACAGCACUGCUACGUGAGUAGUCGAUUCCCCUGCUUGAAGAUUUCAAGACUUGCUCUCAACACAUUUUCAUCGUGCCUUGACAGAUCGUACCGCAUGCGAGAUUUGACCCGCUGGCUAGCCGCUCGCCAGACUUCUCACCGUACAAACCCAAUGACUUUCGACGAGUGUGUCUAUACGACCUACACCUACGACGAUCUCGACAACUCGCGCGGCAUCUCUUCACAUCCUCACGGUGUGCGAGAUGGAUAUGGGAGCACGACGACAAAUAGUGGGGCACACGCGGCACCUAAGUCUCCUGCGAAAGCGUUCGGCAGGACGGGCGAUCUUCUCGGCAUACCUGAAUUGGCUGAUGAAGCCGAAGAAAAUCGACAGGGAGAGGCACACGCUACACCGUAUGGAGACGGAACGCAGAGUAAUCCGACCUCUGGCACGUUGGUAGACUCCCAAGGAGCGGACAAGGACGACGAAGUUCAAGAGGAGGAGCGGGAAAGAAAACGAUUCGAAAGGCGACGCAGACGCCAGGAGAGGUUUACGGUCAAGGGGAUGCUACCGGAGGUCUUCUUCAUGGAGUACGGAAGUGAGUUUCGCAUCUCUGCAUUCGUAGCAGACGACAGCGCGCCUUGUGAAAUGCUCAUUUGCGGCUUUCAUCUUCGCAGCUGUCGUCAUUUGGGGCAUGACGCACGCGCAAGAGAAGCGUCUGUUGCGCGAGAUUCGUCGUUUCGAGGUGGAGCGGUUGGCGACGGAAGAUGUAGAGUCUGAAGAUCUCAAUUGGUACCUUGCGGACUACAGUCGGUGAGUCAGCUUGGCAAUACCUUGACGCCAGACCAGCUUGGUGUAGCUCACACACCCUCCGCGCCUCCAAAGCAUCUACAACGAUGUGAUUACGCUUCGUCGCGGAUCGAGCUACAUGACCAAGCUUUCCUUGUCGCAUGCUCUCGCACAGAGUACCAAGAUUAGCUUCUUCGAAGGUGUCAUCGAGAACACCAUUGACACCACAAAGGUGAGCCAGCACGUGGGAGCCUGGACCCUUUGACGUCCACGAACGCCUUGCUAACUCCAAGGAUGUGUAUGUUCUCCUUGCCUUCAUCAGGACAUCCCGCAAAGCAUCGCAGACAGCGGCAAGAUCGGCAUGCCACCUGGGGAGAUCAUGAAGCAGAUCGGUCACGUGAGUGCGAAGCGUCGGGGUCAAGGGGUAUCAUAUACUGACCUUGCGCUUGACCUACUUUACAGCUCUUCAUCUUGCGCAUGAACAUUCACUUGGUCGGAUCUAUCGUCGACUCUCCUGAAAUCUUCUGGGCUCAGCCUGAUCUGGGUAAGUCGGAAGUGUGACAAGAAGGCUACGUCGAUAUUUCGGGUACCUGACCCCCAGUCCUUUCACCGUCAACGCUCGCUUGCCCAGAACCUCUGUAUUCUGCCGCUCGAAGUUACUUGGAGAUUCCGCAGCGCAUAGAUCUCCUCAAUGCUCGCGUGGAGGUCCUUCAGGAUAUGCUGCAGCUACUCAAAGAUCAGGUCACCAGCUCUCAUUCCGAAUGGCUGGAAAUCGUGGUCAUCAUCCUCAUCGUGCUCGAGAUCAUACUCGGCAUCGCGACCAUGUUCGUCGAUCUUUAUUGGAGCUAG